GACCCAUGCAUCGCACAUACGCCCCGUCGUACGUGCUGUAGGCACCAACAGCGAGCGCCCCGCCACUCGCAAAAUACAACAACUUCUGGGUGUCAACAUGAUUGACGUGGGUCUGCUGUCGAUGCGUGGCUGGAAUGCAGCUACAACUGUGACAACUGAACGUGUUCCAUGCAUAUCGUUUGCCAAAUGAUAAGACGACAACAAGCAACAGCUGUGGGCGACUCAGUUGAGCACAAGUAAACGACUAAGUGGGAGUUCAUAAGCAACAAAAAAGAAACAACAAAAGCCAAGUCAAUGUCGCUGCUGACAAUUGUCAGGUUAACAACGAUAUUGCUGCUGUUUAUGCUGCUGCCGGCGGCAACAUUGUUAACAAAUCAACAACGGCAACAACAACAGCAACAGCAACAGCAACAACAACAAGAACUGCAACAUGCACGCUUCAGGCGUCAAAACAAUCCGGAUCAAAAGUUUUCGUUGCCCGCGGUUCCAUUGCCACCUCCGCCGCCUUUUCCAGCGGCCAAGCAUAACUUUGCCCUGAACGCCUUUGCUAUUGGCGAGCAUUCAGCUGGCAAUGGCAAUGGCAAUGGCGGUGGCGGUGGCAAUGGCGUUGGUGGUGGCGGCUCCUCCUCUUCUUCUAUUUCCUACUCAUCAGGCUGUGGCGGAUUACUGAAGUCACGCUAUGGCCUCAUUCAAACGCCGAAUUUCCCGCAUCGCUUUGCCACGCCCAUCGAAUGCGUUUGGAUAAUUGAUGCCUCCGAGCUGCCAGCCACCGCACAGGGCAAUGUUUCCAUUGUGGUCUAUCUGACGCAGCUCUACGUACUCGGCGGGCUUAAAUUCACCGAGUACAUGUACUACUCGGACGACUUCAAGGUGCCCGCCCAUCGCGUCUUCACCUUGACCGAGGAGGAGGUCACGCAAGUCACCUGGAUGCAGUUCAACAGCCAAUACCUGGAGAUACGCUUCACCAUGGCCACGCUGGACGGCACGCAUUUGCGGGCACUCGAUCGCCUGCUGGACGUUUACGGUUUCAAUAUCACCUACGAGGUGCAGCACGAGGUGAAGACGACCCAGUGCAAUACGCUGCAAUGUCGCUUCCUAGGCGAUUGCUUUGCGAGUGCCGAUUACAGCUCAUAUGGCUGCGCCUGUUUUGCCGGCUUCAGCGGCAGCGACUGUGGCCACGGCCCACUCUGCACGGAUGCGCAUACAAAUAUUUGUCAAAACGGCGGAGUAUGCAAGCACAUUGGAGACGCGGCCAUCACAUGUCACUGCCCCAGUGGUUACAAGGGAACCAAAUGUGAAAUACCCGAAAUAGUGGAGACUACGCAGGGAUGCAUUGGAAAUGCCAACGCCAGUAAUUGCCAUCGUGCUUGCGAAUUUGACAGCAGCAAUGGCAACAGGAACAGCAACAACCAUAACAAUGCCGCCUCCAGUGCCAGCUCUAGUGGCAGUCCAAGCAUUUUCAACGUGAGGAGCAAUCGCAAUGUUGCACGUAGUGGCAAAACCCGCUACGAGGUGACCAUGCGACUGGGCGCCAAUCUGACCGGAUACUAUCGCAAUUCGGAGCGCGAACAGCUAGCCGGCGUCAUGGAGCGACAGCUCUCUCGAGUAUUGCGGAAUUUCAAUAUAACAAAGAUAAGCGAUCUGGAACUAAUUUCGAAUACUACGGAUCGUUUGGAUAUAACGUUUCACUUCUUCGGCGUCAAAGGCGAUUCGCAGCGCAUUCGAGAAGCCAUCACCCGGAUGGUCGAGCGCGGUCGCAUUGGAAACUUUACGCUCGUCUCGAACUUUCAUCAUUUCGACGAGAAUCCACCUUUGAACAUGUUGGACCUGAGCGUCAAUCAGCCGCAGGCAGCUGUGCGCGAGGACAGCGAGUUUAUCAUAUCCUGCACGGCCCAGGGCUCAUCUCGCAUGCAGUUUCAAUGGUUCAAAGACGGCGCCGCAGUCAAUGCCACCAAAGCAACGAGAGAAAUUUGGACAACCGUGCUGCCGCCGGAAACGAAAGACGUCUACACGGCCAUUUUGGGCGUAACCAAAGCGAGUCGCAUCGACGAGGGCGUUUACAGCUGUAAGGUUACCGACUGGGGCGUCGAGCAGUGCCGCUCGCUGCACAUCCACAUCAAGUCGCCGCCACGUCUACGCGUAGAUCCGGCCAGUGUCACGUUGCAGCGUGGCGAUUCGCUGCGCGUGCGUUGCUUGUCGCCGGGCAACGAUGACAUCAAGCGAUAUGCCCAGCUGGGCUAUAGCUGGACCCGCAACGGAGUGCUCUUUCAGUCGGACGCUGCCACUGCCAUGUGGGAGGACCUCUACCCAGACGGCAGCAUUCUCAAGAUCAACAACAUUCAGAAGUCGGCGGAGUACGCCUGCCUCGUAUCGAACAGCGUGCGGCCAGUGUCCAGAAGCGUCUACAUCAACGUCAUCGAGCGCAACGCUGUGCACGUGUGCCUGGCCGAGUCCAGCUAUGGCGUCCACUGGCCCACCAGCGCACCCGGCGCGCCCAUCAUCACGGACUGUCCGCGUGGCUUCGAGGGGCAUUCGCGUCGAAUCUGCGAGCAGCGAGACAACGCCGGCAACUCCAGCUGGCUGCUGCCCGACUUCUCGAGCUGUGUGCGGGACGAGCUGCUGCUCAUCUACAACAGAUUCAGAGCUUUGAGUGCAGGCUUCCAGCAAACCAACUCGUCGAACAUAUUGAAGGCGUGCUUCGAGUACACGCUGCAGCGGCGCCAGAGCUUUCUGCCCGGCGAGGCGAGCUUCCUUAUCGACAUGCUGCAUGAGCUCGACACCUAUUUGCAGCUGAAAGGCACACAACUGGAGCGUGAGAUGGCGGCGGAGAUAAUACUGCGCAUUCUGGAUAAAGUCAUGCAGAAUGCGCAAUCCCUGAACAGUCAACAGCAAAUUAAAAAGUUGCAACUUUUAACGCAAUCUGCGGCGUUGAACCGCGAGACAAUUGCGGCCUCACAAUUGGCCACAUCGACAGGAGGCAACGGAGGCAGCCAGGCGACAUCCUCGGCAACGGCUGCUGACAGCUCGACAACUUUGACCGCACAGGGGACGAAGGGCAGCAGCAGAGCUGAUGGAAUUGGCGACACAGGCAGCGCUGCGAGCAAGCUGCUGGCCAAGGGUGGCGCAGGCGGUGGCGGCUCCAAUGGCGACGGCGGAGCCGCAAGUAUUUUGACAGUGGACGAGGAUACAUUGUCCCUGGAUCGGCUGAACUCAUUGCGCAUCUACAUGACCUCAGUGAAAACAUUGCCGUUCAAUUUACGCAUUUACGGCGAGGACUUAUUCUCGGACCAACUCUACAUGGACAUUGGACUGUCCACACGUCUGCUGCAUAUCAUGGCCAAUUCGACAAUAUUUGCUUCUGUGAUCUCCUAUAAGAAUCUUAAGAGUUUUUUGCCAAAAACUUACUACACACGCGGCAGCGAUGCCAAGGACUCGGACUAUGUGCUUGCCUCGCGCAUCAUACAGACCUGGCUGUUCCAAUCGAAUCGCUCGAAUGACAAUUUCCGCGAACCACUCGACUUGUCCUUUGAAGCUGGCCACGUGGAAAUUAUAUUCCAGCACGAAAGUGUGCCCAAAGCUGGCGACUGGGUAGCUGUCUGCGGGCACGACUAUAAGGCAUCCUUUGACUCCACCUGGCGCUCGGAUCUGUGCAUCACAAAACAUCUAAUGGAGAAUAUAACCCGCUGCAUCUGCCCGCUCUCCGGCACCUAUGUUGUCAUGCUGACCAAAAGGCAGCCACAUACUACGGAGUCGCAUACGCCGCAGCGGCCCAUCUUUGUGAUCGUGAGCUGCGCUCUCUGCCUGCUGCAAUGCUGCUCCGCCUUUCUCAUCCUGCUGCCCAUUUGGUGCAAUCGCAAAUGCGCCGUGACGUUUCUCAAGAUGCAGUUUUGCAUAUCCACAUCGAGCGUGAUGCUCAUCUAUCUGCUGGGCUUUAUGAAAAUGCUGCCAGAGAACUGGCAUGCCAUAAUCAGCAGCUCGCUGGCAUCGCUGCUGUUACUGGGCAUCUCCACGCUGAUUGCCAUUGCGCUGGUCAUACACACGGAGCUGGUGCCGAAGAAGUAUCUGCAAAUCGGCAGCAAGCCACCGACUCCAACUAAGCAGACCGCCAAACGCCGCGAGAGUCUAAGCAACAUUACGCAAAUCAGCGCUCAGUCUCCGGAGGCGAAUGACUCGAGUCGCAGUCGCAGCCGCAGCAGAAACCACCCGCCGCCCAAUAGAUCCAGGUCUGCCGCUGCCGCCGCCGCCGGCUCCACAUUGGCAUUGUACAGCGGCUCAGCAGGCAUACGAGGCGCCAUCGGCAUUAGCUGGCUGCUUCCGCUGCUGUUCGCCAUCGCCGCACCGCUAAUAUGCAGCAUCAUAGGCAAAUGGCCGCGCCACUGGUGGCUGGAGCUAGUAUGGACAGGCAGGCAGCAGACAGACGCCGCUAGCGAGGAGGGCGCGGAAUAUGGCGACGGUGGCGUCUACUAUGCCACGCAUACGCUGCUCAAUGCAGAUAAUUUACUGCUCGAAUCGGAGGCGCUGCUGGGCAAUGCGACUAGCAGACGUCAGGCAGCCCCCACAUUGACUGAGACAUCAGCUAGGGAAGCGGGCACGGCCAAUGCUCUCGCCACGUCAGCGUCAUCAAUCACAGUUGUCAGCGAGUCGAACUUGGCCGCUGUGACAGCUGCGGCAUUGACUUGGCCACAACAACAGAGGCCUGUUGGUUGGACUUCGCCCGGACACGCCGCGGCAUUCACUUCCGGCACGUCGCCUACUCCGUCGCCUUCGCUGAGCUUUAUUCUGUUCGUUUGCAUCGAUUUGCUCUUCAUUCUGCUCUUCUGUGCGCUGUUUGUCAUUUUAAUGAAGAAGCUCUUGUGGCUGUGGCACAAGAAUCGCAAUGUGCAUGCACAUCCGUUGGAUAAAUUCAAUAUGGCACUGCGCAGGCGACUUGGCCUACUUUAUCGUGCAGGCGGUUUGCUGCUCGUAAAACUCUGCACCGAUGGCUGCUUCAUAGUCUACGUUAAUUCGACGCCGGAUACUUUAUGGGCAUAUCCGUUUGGCAUAUCGUGCAUAUUAUUGGGCUUUGGCAUUUUGUUUUGUUUUGUGCUUAAGGCUGAGAGUCAACUGCGUGGACCACCCUUUCUGAGCAGCAACGGCAGCAGCCAGAGCAGCUCGCUGAAGCAGACCAAAUUCAAUACGAGCAAAACUAGCCUGGACGACAACUACUGCACGACGACGACGGCCAGCAUCAAUAGUCCACUGAGCUUCUAUACGAACCACGACAAGGAAAAGGAGAGCGAAUGCCUAGCCACAUCAGCAACAGCAGCGGCAGUAGCAGCUGUGACAAGCGGAGCAGGCGCUGCUCCGCUGCAGCCGAAGCAAGGUCUGGAGCUGUCAACGACAGCCGCCGGAGCUGUGCAGCUGCCGUUGACAAUCAUCUCGACGGCGCCGCGCUGCCAGGCGGCCAUUGUGAGCACGGCAGAGACUCUUCUCGGUGGCCAUCAGCAGCUGCCAUUGACGGUGGCCGCCUCGCCAGCUGCACGCUGCUGUGCGCUGCUCGGCGGCGGAGGAGGAGCUGAGGCGCCCAGUGCUCUGGGCUAUGCCUACGACGCCUACACGAUGGGCGGGCUAACGGGCAGCUUGAGCAGACGCAUUCUGCACCACCAUCAACCACAUUAUGCGGCAGGGGCAUGUGACGAGUUCGUGGGCGUCGAGACGCUGGAUAUAUUACAGGGAUUGGCAGCAGACAGCAUCAUUGGCAUACACACAGCCACGCCCCAUUACGUGCCGCUGCAGCACAAUCCAUACGUGGACUUUGUGCCCAACCCGUUGAUGCUUAGCAUGCAUCCACCACCGGGACCGGCACCGGCAACGGGACCGGGACCAGGGCCACCCACCAUCAGCGGCAAUCUGAGUGGUGCUGGCGCCAUCAUGGCCAGCAGCACGCUGCCCACACCAAAGACGCAGAAGCGUGUGACCAUACUGGAGCCAACGUCGCGCACCACCUUCGAUCCAAUGCUGCCCACCAUGGUGGCUGCAGUUGUCUCCACAACCACCACCACGGCCACCACCACAGUAUCUGCGACGCCGUCCACGCAGACCGCCGGAGUAGACAGCAACAAUAGUUCAGGCGGCGAUGCGACUCUGGAUCGCAUUAGCCUCGAUCUGGACUACUUGCUAAACCGCGGCUGUCUGGAUGCGGAUGCAGCCACGCCACCACCACCACCACCGCCCGCCGUGGUGGUCAAGAAGUGCGAAGAGGAACAGCAGAGCAGCCAGCUAUAA